GUGGGAUAAUUUUGUUGUUUCUGCACCUGUCGAACAGCCUCUCUAUAAGGCUGUAGAUUAAUCCAAGCUAGACUCCCACUUACAACAAAUUAACCCAAAUAUAUAAAACUAUUAUUGUAAGAAGUUAACUGUCUUCUGACUCUAGAAUCCUAUGAACCAAAUUGAGUCUGUUCUGUUCAAAUUGUCCACCCCAGUUCCAUAGAUAUAAAUAGUAAAUACACAGCAACAUGUACCUCCCCAUCUCAAUUCAUCUGUCUCUCGCAAAGAAGAAAAGCAUGUGGCCGGCAGCAGCAGCCUGUUUAUUGAAACCCCAUACCCCGACGACCCACUUCGCCAUCCUCCCAACUUCUCCUCUUUGGUUCUCUGGCCAUCCUUCCCAAACCCUACCCCUCUCCCGAAAACCCUCCUUUCCCAUCGCUUCUGCCUCCUCUUCUCUUUCCUCAUUCCACGACGACGACGACGACGACGACCACCACCACGUCCUCGGCAACUGCGUUGUGUUCGAAGACGGCGCAUUCGACGAUCCUUAUCUUCAUUCCGACCUCGAUUCCGGAGCUCCUCACUUCAGCAAGAAGAGCGCUAAGGCCUCUGUCGGAGUGAAGGCUGAGGAUUUGAUUCCGGACCAGUGGAAAGACGCUCAGGCCGAGAUCAACAUUACGAAGAAGGAGCGGCGGAGGAUUGCUCGGGAGCUGGAGUUUGGUCGUCGGGUUGAGAAGAGGAAGCGAGAUCUCAUGCCGAUAAGGACUGUGAGUGCGGAGGACUACGGGGCAUAUAGGGACGACAAGCUGGCGCAGUUGAAGCCUCUUGUUCUCGACAAUCCACGGAAUUUUACGGCUGGGAAUGAGGUGGUGGAGGACAGCGGUGGAGCCAGAGGAGGCGAUGCCAGUGUUCCGAGUAGCAGCCGUGUGGCGCCGCGGAACCCUAGAUUGGCGGUUUAUGGUGGUACUUUGGAUGAUGUUUCUGAAUUUUUUAGUAGUGGAAGUUAUGACCCCAAUGCUGCCCAGAGAUCUGAAGGCCAUCGGAAGUUGUUUACGAAGGGCGAGAAGAUCCUUCUCAAUAUGAGGAUACCUGAUGUGGCUGCUGCUACCUCUGGCAAGUGGCAACCUCUGCAUACACUUGCUGCAUCAGGAGAGUUUUACCUUGUUAAUGCUUUGUUAAAACACAAUGUUGAUAUCAACAUUCAAGACAAGGGUGGACUAACUGCGCUUCACAAAGCAAUACUUUCCAAAAAGCAGGCCAUUUUUAACUUUCUCUUGAGAGAAUCGGCAAAUCCAUUUGUUCAGGAUGAAGAAGGAGCUACCUUGAUGCACUAUGCUGUUCGGACAGCUUCAAGUCAGAUGAUAAAAAUUCUGCUGUUAUAUAAUGUUGAUAUAGAUCUCCAAGAUAGUGAUGGGUGGACUCCUUUGCAUGUUGCUGUUCAAACCCGCAGAACAGAUAUAGUGAGACUUCUGUUACUUAAAGGAGCAGACAAGACACUCAAAAACAAGGAUGGUCUCACCCCGCUUGAUCUCUGCCUCUAUUCUGGUCGAGACACAAGGACCUAUGAGCUAAUCAAGCUGAUGAAACAGCUUCCAAAGCCUCAGUAACUGGUGCAAGCUCGCAUAGGAGCUGAUCAAACUGAUGACACUGAACCCAGACUUCUGAACUAAGCUUAGCUUGCGAGAAUAGAGGCUUGCCUUGCCCCUACUCCUGUGUCAUCAUGCCCUUGUUACAUGAACAAGUGAGAUUUACUUCUGAUCGAAUUGGCUCGCCAAAUAUCAUGUGUUCUUGGCAAAGAAAGAAUGCAAAUGAGCCCACUGGCGGCAGAGUGGCCCACAGGACAAAUACAAGUGCCGGGUUCUGCUGCUUAUGCACCUGAAAUUCUACUAUUGAUCCUGCUUGCUGUACUCGUUAACAAUUACCGGGCAAUUUUCUUGUAGAUAUACUCGUUAAAUCUAUGAAGUGAUUGCAACACUGUAAAUACUGAUUUGAGAUAGCAAUUCUCUGUGCCAGAAGAUCAGUGUGUUUAUA